GGGCGUUCCGGGAUUUGAAUGAGUCAGACGUGACUCUCAUUUUACCCCUGUUUCCCGGUGAUGUCACGAUACUGGCCCGCGUUAGUGAAACUAUCGGAAUGCUACAACAUUGAUUUUAGAGGUUUACAGUUCUACUUGAGAAGUUAUUCAUAAGUCGUUUUAUCAUAACGUACAUUUUGGGUAAAUACGGCGUGUGCACUAAAAGCAGCUCUUUACCUAUUUGAAACGCUGCGGAAAUAACUUAUUGAUCUCACUUUGGAGAGUCUUCUUACAGAGCGAGGCUGCGUGGGUUAUUUUUUUCCUUGUUUGUUCUCAUGCGUGAUCGUGAAAUGGUAUCAGGUGGAUUGUAUCGCGUUGGAUAGACAUUCUGGUCUGAUGCCCAGCUGCCGCCAUGUUCACUAAGAAGAAGAAGCCCCGCGUCCAGAUCUCGGCGCCCUCCAACUUCGAGCACCGCGUGCACACAGACUUUGACGAGCAGGAACAGAAGUUUGUGGGGCUGCCGCGGCAAUGGCAGUCUCUGAUCGAGGACACAGCCAAGAGGCCCAAGCCCUUCAUCGACGUCACCGUCAUCACCACGGUGGAGCCCCGCAAGACCAUAGUGCGGGGUAGUAAGAUCGCUGUGGACGGCUCGCUGACAUGGCUGCUGGAUGAGUUUGAUACCAUGUCGGUGACCCGCUCCAACUCCCUGAGGCGAGGUAGCCCCCCUAUCCAGCCCCGCAGAGACUCCGGAUCUUCGGGGGGAGGAGGCCAUGAGAACGGGGACCUGGCCCACCGGCCACACCACCACCCAGAUCACUAUGGAGACAUCAGAGACAGGGAGCAGCCCAGGCCGGACCAGUUAGCUAGUGGAGACCCCCGGCAGCCCCAGCGGGUACCCCGCUCUCAGCGAGAGGACGGCAGGCCACAGCAGCAGCCCCGGGGCCAGGAACCAAGCAGCAGGCACCGAGAGAGGGAGCGUCCUGGCCCACCCCCUCCCCCGCCAAAGCCCAGAGACACGGACCCACGGGACCACCACGACCAAGUAGUCCGCAGGGACGGGCCCAGCGACCAGAGGCCUAAGUCCAGCUACACGGGCAGGGACGGCAGCCCCCAGUCGCCCCGUGAUAAGAGGCCUCUCUCGGGGCCCAACAUCCGUAUGCCUAACCUGCCUGUCACAGAGGGGGUGAUAAAGACAGCACAACAGACCAGCAGGCCGUUCAACACCUACCCCCGCGCUGACAGUGAAGGAGGAAGGAGCCCCACCAGCCAGGAGCUGAAGCCAGCCAGACCACACGAAGCACCGCCACACAACGGUCCUUCUAGUGCCUCCAGCCGAGACGGGGGAAAAGCACCGCAGAAGGGCCAGCUACGAGGAGACCCCCACCACUCCUCCCACCCUGUCCUGGGUCCUGAGCCCCCCCACAGCCACCAGCAGCAGAAGGCUCCCGUUCCCCGCAUCCCGGCCCCUGCCCUACCACCACAGCAGGCCCUCUCGCCCCAGAGGGAGCCCCAGCGGGUGUCCCAUGAGCAGUUCCGCGCCGCGCUGCAGAUGGUGGUGGAUCCGGGUGACCCGCGCACCUACCUGGACCACUACAUCAAGAUCGGAGAGGGCUCCACCGGCAUUGUGUGCAUUGCCACCAUCAAGAGCACUGGCAAAUUGGUGGCUGUCAAGAAGAUGGACCUGCGCAAGCAGCAGCGCCGGGAGCUGCUAUUCAAUGAGGUGGUGAUCAUGCGGGACUAUCACCAUGACAACGUGGUGGAGAUGUACAACAGCUACCUGGUGGGAGAUGAACUCUGGGUCGUCAUGGAGUUCCUGGAGGGAGGGGCUCUGACUGACAUUGUCACACACACCAGGAUGAAUGAGGAGCAGAUAGCCACAGUGUGCCUGUCUGUGCUGAAGGCUCUGUCAGUGCUGCACACCCAGGGCGUCAUCCACAGGGACAUCAAGAGUGACUCCAUCUUGCUCACCCACGACGGCAGAGUGAAGCUGUCAGACUUUGGCUUCUGCGCCCAGGUGUCGAAAGAGGUGCAGCGGCGCAAGUCCCUGGUGGGCACACCCUACUGGAUGGCCCCAGAGCUCAUCUCACGACUGCCCUAUGGGCCUGAGGUGGACAUCUGGUCCUUGGGGGUGAUGGUGAUCGAGAUGGUGGACGGAGAGCCCCCCUAUUUCAAUGAGCCCCCCCUCAAAGCUAUGAAGAUGAUCCGUGACAACCUACCACCCAAACUCAAGAACUUACACAAGGUUUCUCCUCUUCUCAAGGGCUUCCUGGACAAAUUGUUGGUGCGAGACCCCACCCAGAGGGCCUCAGCCAAUGAGCUACUCAAGCACCCCUUCCUGAGCAAGGCUGGCCCGCCCUCCUGCAUUGUGCCUCUCAUGAGGCAGAACCGCAUGAGAUGAGAGCGAGCGGAGACCUCUCCCCCACUAAGGAGUAGUGUCACAUGGACCCUCAACUCCCCAAGCUCACACCUCGGACUCACACUGUUCUGGAGCGAGGAGGUUGGGGGGGGCAGAGAAACACUGCCCAGCUCAUAUUAGCAUUUUUACUGGUCAAGCUUCUUUUCUUUUUUUUUUAAAGAACCUUUUGAAAUGAAAAGGAUCUCUGUCCCCUUUCCUAUGGGAGAAAAGAUUUUGACACUACAAGGAUGUAUAGCUUGAGCGGUUUGGUGUAGAAUGAGGCUUGGAAAGUGCUGCCUGCUGGGGUGACUCACAAAAAAACACUGUUAGCAUCCUAGCUGAAUGGUCUGAACCAUGCUUCCACACUACAGGCCUUCCUCACGACAUGGCCCAGACUCAACUCUAUUCCAAUAGACAGGACAUCAGAAAAGACUACUGAAGGAGGACUAUGCUUUUCUCUUACCACAUGAUGCAUUGAAGUAUUUUUUUAAUGAAAGUAAACACUUGGUUCCUGUUACAAACACUAAGCAAAGGUAGACACUGGAGUUGUGUUUUAGAUUAUUUUCUUUAUUUUUCUGGUAAGUAUGAUGAACAUAGAUAUAUCCGCUUUGUUUUCUCUAUUCUGUGAUUAUUUUUGGGGGGGUUACAGUGAGAUUUGAAGCACUGUUCUGAGAUAGAAGCUGCACGCCUGGUUGAUUCCAAUAUAUCAUAUAGGUUUUUUUAAAUUAUUUUUUAUUACAAGAUAAUUAGUUUAUUUUAAUAUACCUGUGUUUAAUAGAAUAUAAAGUGAACAUCAAGGCAGAGUUUCAGCUGUUUCUUUCUAAAGGCUAAUUUGUACUUUAGGAAUUUAGCCAUGUAGUUUGUGCUCCCUGUAACCCCUCGAUCUGCUGCUGUAGACUUCAGCUGUUAGUUUAUAGUAGUGACCACUAGGUCAACGGAAGGACCACCCUUAUGAAAGCCCCCCCACACACAUACACACCUGUAUAUACAGAAAGUACAUUCUUUUUGUCAUUUUUCCUAAUGAUUCAUUUCUUAAACGCCCAACCUGGCCAGUCUGGACAAUGGUUCUGGACUAUGUGAAUGUAGUGCUGAGCCACAAACUGGCUCUGUGUUUAAAGAUGGAAUCUGCAGUAGGGGGAAACAGUCACACCGGCUGCCCCACCACCAUUAUUUUUUUGUUGCGGAGCUGAGGAGCGCUGAGGAGCGUUGCGCAGCAUUGGGGGGGGGGGGGAUUAAUAUCGCAAAUGGACGUGACUGUUUCACCAUUUUGGAUAAGGAUCUCAGCUUUAAGGGCUUAUUAGAACAGGAAACGGACACACAAGGUGAAAAUUCGUGCUUGGCUAAAUGAAGUGUGCAACAGCUGCUAUAACUGAAUUAUUGUCCAUAAUGUAGCAAUGACAGGAACUGUAUGGCAGAAAACAGACCCACAGAUGCAAACUGAAAUAGUAAACACUCACCACAAUCACCCACACACACUUCAUGCAAGGCCCUACGAAAGUCUGUGGGUGGAAUCACGAAUUCAAGAAUAUUACAACAUUUAUUGUACUUUGGUAGGAAAUCAACUAAAUGUAUUUGAAAAUGUAUUAUUUAGCCAAGAUUAUCAUAAGACAUAAACAAAUUGCAUCCGUGAUUUGUAUUUUCCUUCCACUUUCAGAAACAAAAGGCAUGGUAAUGCCCCUAUCUGAGUGCACGUUUGUCUACCACUUCGUGUAGCCGUUAGCAAUGAUGCUAAUAAUCACCGUCUUCUGGUAGAUGGGAAGGCUUUCUAAAAAAUGUUUUUUAAAUUGUUCAGCAUACUGCAAUCACACGUUACAGAAACACAGAUAACCAAACAAGUCUCUUGGCUGGUGCAAACUACAGCCAAAAAUAUAAAUGUCUUUGAUUUUUCACAGACCUCGAAAGUGAUCUCCUGAUAUGGUUUAAGCAUUGUGGUGGACUUAGAACAUCAAAUGCUUUUUCUAUUUAAAACGUGUGAUCUUUUUGUUGUUGAGAGCGAACACAUGAAAAAACGGAGGGAAACCUGGAAAAACAGAACUUGGGCAAAAAAAUCUAACAGGUUUUAUAGGGCUCUAUUCAUCGUUAGUCCUCAUUUUUCUCUGAGCUUUCCCCUCCAAUUCUAGAGUAGUAAGACGAAGUCGCAUAUGUACAUUCACCAUAGAGAGCAUCCAAAGACCACGAGGCCUUAGUGCACAGCAAAGAGUAGCCAAUAUGUCUGUUGUGAGUUUCAGUGAGGAUAUCGGAACAGACUCCAUAAGUAGACACUAACACUACAUUGUGAAGUACUGUUGUUAAUUAGAUGCGUCUGAGGUUACUGUACAGUUUUAACAUUCUGUCAAUAUUCCAUAUUUCCAAAAGACAAGUGGAUGUCUGUUAAAAGUGACAUGAUGAUUGGUAAGCCUGAGUAAGAUAUGAUCCGUCUGUGUUCCAUGUGUAUAUUGUUCUUCCAGUUUAGUUUUGCAAAACUGAGUGAAAAGAUGGGCUGAAAGAAUGACAAUCAAAGUUAGUAAUUCACUGUCUGCUUUUUCAACAAUAUUCUGAACUGAUCACUUUUCAUUGCUCACAAAGUUUUGUAACUGUAAUUGUGCAGAUUUUCUAAACAAAUCCUGUUUUGAUACCCAUUAAAUCCAUCUUUGCAUACUGUA